AUGUUCGCCAGACUUUUCAGAUCGUCAUCGAAAGAUUGUCUUCAAUCGGACGACCCAUCAACUCCUAGCCAGCAAUUGCGUGAAGAAAAUAGGAAAACUAGAAGUAUGGUUACUACGCGGGGUAAAGCUCGAGAAUUGGCAGAUACUCCUUCCGUGAAUGGAGAUUCUAUAGUCAUUGAUGAGGGUAAUCCAGUUCCAAAGAAGACAGGGCGACCGCGCAAGCCCCUUACAGUUGAGGAUGAUGAGGCUGUAGCUACUACGCAACCCACGAGGAGCUCAAGCCAAUUGCCGAUACAAGCAAGCGAUGGAGAGGUCACACCAAAGCAAUCGCCGCAAGUGGUCGUGGGGAUACCAGCUUCUGCGGAACAACCAGAAGAACUACAAACCAUAGAAGCAGACGAGGAGAUCACAAAAACGACAGCAAUUAAUGGAGAUGUCACAAUCUCAUCAAAGACAACUACUACAAUCACAACACCGGUCGCAAAAAAGCACAAGCGAUUCGAUAGUGCAGAACCUGAGCCAAUACCAGAAGAGAAACUCGAAACAAUUGAAAUUGAGGAUGAUGAGGAUGAGAGUAGCGAUGACGAUGCACCAGAGGAGGUCACAACAAAUCAGGCUGCAAAAUCCGCCAAAGAAAAGGAAAGGGAAGCCGCAAAGGCAAUUGUAGAGUAUGUGUCAUCUGAAUUUCUGCCUAUGUCAAUCACUAAUAAGGGUUCCAGGCAAGAAGCUGCUUCCAAAAAGAAACGCCAGGAGAAGAACGCCAUCCUCAAACAACAAUCCAAAAUAUCGGGCAAGAAACGCAAGCUCGAUGUUGCUUCUGCGCUAGAUGAAUCACUGCCUCCUGCUCAAAAAACGAAGGUCGAAGAAUUAUCGAUACCAGUUGCGGCUGAAAGAGGAGACAUUGAGAUGGAUGAGGAAUCAAAUACUUUGGAGGGAACGGCAGAUGGACGACUUGACUCCGAGAACGACAUUGAGGAAAUAGACAGAACUUUCGCACCUCCCGGACAUUUACCUCUUCCAGAUCUUUUGCCGGCCGAAUAUUUAGAAGAUGACGAUGACAGUAUCCCGGAACCUGGAAAUCUCCAUUCGAGCCUGCCUACCAGAUUUGUCAAUUCCAACAAGCUGCGCCAUCUCUUGGAAAAACGACCGAAGGACAAACAAGUGGGCUCAACCACAUUUAGAGUCGCGGAAGGUCGAAACUCACAUUUACCACCGAAGGCAUCGAAUCAAGCGCGGACACUCAAAGAAUCAUGGUUACAAGGGCGGGCAGGAACUAAGAUCAAGCCAAAUCGCAAACCGUUUAAUCAAGCUUUCAUCAAGCCUAAGAAUUAG